AGGUUGGCCGGGACGGUGGCAGGACGCGGCUCCGCGGGCCCCGGGUCACCGCGCGCCCCUCCUCCGGGCCUGAGUCACGGCGUCGGCCGAGUCCCCCGGGCGAGGAUGCCGCGGUGAGCGCGCUCCGGACGGCGCGGGCCCUCGGGGCGCAGCGUGGGGCUCUCGGCCGCCCGGCGGCGCCGCUCGGGACUGCUCGGGACGCUCGGCGGGCCUGCGCGCCCCGGGCCUCCAUGGCGUUCACCCGGAAGAGGCAGCGCGAGCAGCAGCUGCAGCUCUACUCCAAGGAGAGGUUUUCCUUACUGCUGCUCAACUUGGAGGAAUACUACUUUGAACAGCACACAGCCUUCCAUGUUCAGCACCAGGGCAGCCCCAAGGAAAGGAAAAUCAGAGGCUCCUUAAAAAUAUGUUCAAAAUCAGUGAUUUUUGAACCAGAUGCUAUAUCCCAGCCCAUUCUUAAGAUUCCUUUGAGAGACUGUUUAAAAAUAGGAAAACAUGGAGAAAAUGGAGCCAAUAGACACUUUGGAAAGGCAAAAUCUUGGGGUAUUUCCCUCAUUUUCAGUCAGGUAUAUUUUAUUAAAGAACACAAUAUUGUUGCACCAUAUAAGAUAGAACGGGGAAACAUGGAGUACGUCUUUGAACUGGAAGUUUCUGGGAAGGUGGAAGAUGUUGUGGAGACACUGUUACAGCUGCACAGGGCAUCCUGUCUUGACAAACUCGGUGACCAAAUGGCCAUGAUAACAGCUAUCUUGCAGUCACGUUUGGCUAGAACGUCAUUUGACAAAAAUAGGUUCCAAAACGUGUCUGAAAAGCUGCAUAUGGAGUGCAAAGCAGAGAUGGUAACGCCCCUGGUAACGAAUCCUGGGCACGUGUGCAUUACAGACACCAACCUGUAUUUUCAGCCUCUCAACGGCUACCCGAAACCUGUGGUCCAGAUAACACUCCAAGAUGUCCGGCGCAUUUACAAGAGGAGGCACGGCCUCAUGCCUUUGGGUUUGGAGGUGUUUUGCACAGAGGACGACCUGUGUUCUGACAUAUACCUAAAGUUCUACGAGCCGCAAGACAGAGAUGACCUGUAUUUUUAUAUUGCCACCUACCUAGAGCACCACGCUGCGGAACACACCGCAGAGAGCUACAUGCUGCAGUGGCAGCGAGGGCACCUCUCCAACUACCAGUACCUGCUCCACCUCAAUAACCUGGCCGACCGCAGCUGCAACGACCUCUCCCAGUACCCCGUGUUCCCAUGGAUAAUCAGUGACUACUCCAGCCCAGAGCUAGAUUUGUCAAAUCCUGGAACCUUCCGGGAUCUGAGUAAGCCAGUGGGGGCCCUGAACCCGGAGCGGCUGGAGAGAUUGCUGACUCGAUACCAGGAAAUGCCUGAGCCAAAGUUCAUGUAUGGGAGUCACUACUCCUCCCCAGGCUAUGUGCUAUUUUACCUCGUGAGGAUCGCACCAGAGUAUAUGCUGUGUCUACAAAAUGGAAGAUUUGAUAAUGCAGAUAGGAUGUUCAACAGUAUUGCAGAAACCUGGAAAAACUGCUUGGAUGGCGCAACAGACUUUAAAGAGUUGAUUCCAGAAUUCUAUGACGAAGACAUCAGCUUUUUAGUCAAUAGUCUGAAGCUGGAUCUGGGAAAGAGACAAGGAGGGCAGAUGGUUGAUGAUGUGGAGCUUCCAGCAUGGGCCUCAAGUCCCCAAGACUUUCUCCAGAAGAACAAGGAUGCCUUGGAAAGCAGUUACGUGUCCGAGCACCUCCAUGAGUGGAUUGAUCUCAUAUUUGGCUGUAAACAGAAAGGGAGUGAGGCCGUAGGAGCCCAUAAUGUGUUCCAUCCCCUGACCUAUGAAGGCGGCGCAGACGUGAACAGCAUCGAGGAUCCAGAUGAGAAAGUAGCAAUGCUGACCCAAAUUUUGGAAUUUGGACAGACACCAAAACAGUUAUUUGUGACACCACAUCCUCGAAGGAUCACCCCCAAGUUUAAAAGUUUGUCACAAGCCUCCAGCUAUAAUGCUUCCAUGACAGACUCCCCAGUUUCUCCAGGGGAGGAGUCAUUUGAAGACCUGACUGAGGAAAGCAAAAGUCUGGCCUGGAAUAAUAUCACCAAGUUGCAGCUACAUGAGCAGUACAAAAUCCACAAAGAGGCGGUUACAGGGAUAGCAGUGUCUUGCAAUGGGUCUUCAGUCUUUACCACAUCACAAGAUUCCACUUUGAAGAUGUUCUCUAAGGAGUCCAAAAUGCUACAAAGAAGUGUCUCAUUUUCAAAUAUGGCGUUAUCAUCUUGUUUACUCUUGCCAGGAGACACCACUGUCAUAAGUUCUUCUUGGGAUAACAAUGUCUAUUUUUAUUCCAUAGCAUUUGGAAGAUGCCAAGACACAUUGAUGGGACAUGAUGAUGCUGUCAGUAAGAUCCGUUGGCAUAAUGACAGGCUAUAUUCUGCAUCUUGGGACUCUACUGUGAAGGUGUGGUCCGGUGUUCCCGCAGAAAUGCCAGGCACCAAAAGACACCAGUUUGACCUUCUGGCUGAGCUGGAACAUGACGUCAGUGUCAAUACUAUUAAUUUAAAUGCUGUAAGCACACUAUUAGUUUCUGGCACCAAAGAAGGAAUGGUGAAUAUUUGGGACCUCACUACGGCCACUUUGUUACACCAGAUUUCAUGCCAUUCAGGGACAGUAUGUGAUGCUGCUUUUAGCCCAGAUAGUCGCCACGUCCUCAGCACAGGCGCAGACGGCUGUCUCAAUGUGAUUGACGUGCAGACAGGCAUGCUCAUCUCCUCCAUGGCCUCAGAGGAGCCGCAGAGGUGCUUCGUGUGGGAUGGAAAUUCUGUCUUAUCUGGAAGUCGCUCUGGGGAGCUGCUUGUUUGGGACCUCCUUGGAGCAAAAAUCAGUGAGCGGAUCCAGGGCCACACAGGUGCCGUGACAUGCAUAUGGAUGAACGAACAGUGCAGUAGUAUCAUCACAGGAGGGGAAGACAGACAGAUUAUGUUUUGGAAAUUGCAGUAUUAAGUGCCUUUUCCUCUCUAUGAAGUUCAAUUCUGUUUAAUGUAUUUUUGAACCAAACUUUUAACUGGUGAAUGUGCAAUGACAGUACUUAGAAGUUUUACCACAGGAAGAAUUUGUGGUUUCAACUUCCUAAAUCAUGGUGACUUCACUCAAAGCCAUUUAUUGUCAUCCAUUAAGGCAGAUAAAACAUGGAACUGUUAGGGAAAAGAACAUUCUAAGGCAGGUCACGUGAUGGUGGUUAGAAGACUGUCCUGGGUGGGAGAAGACACAUCGGGCAGCACUGGCCAACUCAUUUCACCAAGACGAGGACCAGGACCUCUAAUCAAGUUGCCCCAGUAGUCACAAGGUUCUUCGAUGUGUUUUCAUGGACUGGCUCCUUUCUGCAGUGCUGUGUGCCCAGAUUCUAAGAAUCUGGGGGAGGAAUAGCAGUUCUUAUAAUAAUAAGUCUAUUACUGUGUAUAGUAACGGUUUAUAUUUCAUUACGCUACUAAAUGUUCAUCUUUUCUACAUUAAAAAUAUUUUUCUGUAAUGAAAGCACUUUCCCUUUUCUUAUUUAAUAAUUUCCUUUAAGAACCACAAGAAUUAAUCCUUCUACAAAAACCGUAUUUAAUGAUACAAAUGUAAUUUCAUUUCCUUUGGACCUAUGUUCGCAACCAAGGUGGAUAAUCAAGUUGGGAAGUGUACAUUUGCAACAAGGUAAGCUAUACAGCAAUAGCAACGAUUUUCUUUUUAGCUUCAGUCUCUGAACAGCAACCAUGUGAUUGCUGAUUUUCUGUGCAGUUGAAAGCACUGUUGUAGUGUAAAGAGAAUUCCCAAAGCAGACCAAAGUAGUAAAAUCUUCAAAGUGAGCUUUAAGUGGCACUGAGUUCAUACGGCCGGUCUCUCGUUUAACUAGAGAUGCAGCAGCCUCACCAGGACCCUUCAGACAUCAAGUGUACAGGAUGAAGAAAGAGGCCACCAGCCUGGCCAUCUAGGGCUCCCAGCAAGUGUAUUUGGAAGCACAGACUUAGCUCUAGGACUGUUCUUAGAAACCCUGGAUGUCAGCCUCACAGUGAAAGGACUGAUGAAAUAACAGACAGACAAAAACUUAACAUUUUUAUACAUUUAAUAGGAUAUCAGAAAAAAGAACAGGAUAGGCAUAAACCAAAGAGAAAAAAAAAUCUGAUUAAAGUGUCAUUGCCAUUUGUUGUUGUUGUUGUUGUUUACAGGACGGAGUCAGGAAAUGGAACUAAAAUGACAUUAGGGAAACAUUCCAAAAUCACCCCAACAUAGUUAAGUUACAUAAUGUUAGGAUUCAAAUGACAAAUUAACUAUUCACCACUUAA